UUCGACACUCGCGUGGGAGAGUCUAUGCGUAUUUAGCGGUCGGGGAUAUUCGCCGGGUCCCUGUCACGGAGUGCCGGAAUACAUAAUCUCGUUUCAAGGUGUUAACCCCCGCGUUAUCCUCUACCCUCCCGUGACACGCGCGAGAUCGUAAUAACGUGCGGUUGUUGUACAUAUCGCGUAGCGUUCGUCUCUCGUGCGGUGGGAAGUUGGCAGCAGAACCGGCGUCGGUCUCGGCGCGCGCGCGAAGAGAGAUAAAAGCCGGUAGUACACGACGACGACGACAACGACGACGACGACGACGACGACGAGUACGAGUACGAUACGCGGAACGGCAGAACCGGGGAGGAUAGGAAAGAGGAGAGACGGCCGCGUGUGUGGUUCGCUUGGAGCCGGGUUACGAGUGAAUGCGCGAGUUUUCGUUCCGGAAGUUACGCGCAGAUACCGUGCGUCUCAAGUGGAUGCGGGAAUAGCGAGAGGGAGGUAGCCUGAAAAGGAGGGUGAAAGAGGGAGGAAGCGGCCGGGAAGCACGGACGACUACAGCCGGCAUUUUGACGUUUCGCUCCGCGUGUCUUCCCCCUUCCGCGUUCCCUCCCCCCGCGUGUGAUGAAUACUGUCGCAAGUGAGGAGUGCUGCAGCACGCGACGUCAGCAGACAGAGCGUCGUCGAGCCGUGCGACCGCAGUGAGUGUUUUUUCCUCUCUCCUGUGUAAUCGUUAGCGCGCAACAGCAACAGCAGCAGCAGUAGUAACAACAAUAAGCACGAUUCCUCUUCGUUCGUCGAGAGCUACACGGAGUGAGAAAGAGAGAGCGACGGGGACGUCGUGUGCGCGCAUUCGCGGGACACCGGUGUGCGAGUGAUAAUCGGGAAUCAUCAUCCGUAAUCGUCCCUAGAGAGAGAGAGAGAGAGAGAGAGAGAGAGAGCGAGAGAGAGAGAGAAAAAGAGGGAAGGAUCGCCUCGCGCGCGGCCUCGCGACGUGUGUAUCGCCGCCGGGUCUCGUCGUUCGUUCGCUCGCUCGCUCGCUGGCUCGCUCGCCGCCGCCGGCGUUCUCUCGCCCGCCCGGAGGUGGAGGGGGGAGGCCUGCCUCUUCCCCCCCCAUGAUACGCACGUGCGCUACUAGCCGCUACUCGCUACUACGUUUACGUGCGUGCGUACGUUCGGGGCGUCGCGUUCAGUGAAUCGAGUUGUUCGUCGGUGCCGUGCCGCGCGUCCGGGUGGAGUGACGGCCGAGUGACGUGUCGUCGGUACGUGUCAGUUUCGCCGGGUCUUUCGAGUUCGGUCACAGUUGAGAUUAUUGUUACGCUUACGCGCGCGCUUACGCCGCCGCCACCGCCGCCACCGCCGCCGUUGUUCGCGUCGCCCCGUGUGGCACCUGUGCCGGAGAAGGAGGCCGAAGCGGAGAGGGACUUUGCAGCCGCGCGUAGCCAUGGAUACGCUCCUACCGAGCGGCAAUAUAUUUCGGGAGCUGCAGGACAUACACGACACCGGAUACUUCUCGGCCCAGCCGUCGCUCGAGGAUCACUGGCAACAGACAUGCUACGAGAUGGAGAGGUACCUGAAGGACGAGCCGAAGCUACAAUCGUACAAAAAACUUCCCACGGAACUGGACACAGCGCCCUGGAACCUCUUCAGGGCACCAUCGAUCUCGUGGACGACGUCCACUGGAACGAGUACACAAUUCGACGCCCCAAUCAAAAUGGAGGUAACGACGUCGUCAGACGAAAGGGAUCCUCUCUGUCUGGACGAUAUUAAAUUCAGCCCUGGCGAUCAUAAUGAAAAUGGCCGCGAUAGGGAUCUUCUCGAUCGUCACCUUGACUCCUUAUCGAUGUCCUCGGCGAGUUCGGCGUGUUCAGCACUGUCCUGGGACAGCUCACCCUCCCUCUCUUGUACGGCGCUCAUUCUUAAAAAAGAACCGAGCGAAGACCUUGAGGAGGAUGAGGAGCACGAGGAGAUCGAGGAGGAGGAGGACAGCGGAUGCGAAAGCGAAGGUCAGAUCCUGACGCCGCCGUCGAGUCCUGGGUCGGGUCAAGGUCAUUCCAACUCCAGUCACUCGUCGAGUGGGAGUUCGAUGCUCGACGUGCACAACCUCAACCUUCACGGCACGGGCGGGAGGAGUGCUAUCGUCAGGGUUACCGCUGGGAACGCGCAGGGUGUUGCAAGACUGAUCUCCGUCACGGCGAACGGCUUCCCCGCGGUGGCCGGCACGCAACACGCGCACACGGGCGCAACCGCGGCCACGACCACCGUGACUAACAGGCACCACGCGAGGAGCAACGAGCACAGUCCGCCCGACACGAAACGCAGGAUACACAAAUGCCAAUUCCCCGGAUGCAAGAAGGUUUACACCAAGAGCUCGCAUCUCAAGGCCCAUCAAAGGACGCACACGGGGGAGAAGCCGUACAAGUGCAGCUGGGAGGGCUGCGAAUGGCGAUUUGCGCGUUCAGACGAAUUGACGCGUCAUUACCGCAAGCACACCGGCGCGAAACCGUUCAAGUGCCGGCAUUGCGACCGAUGCUUCUCCCGCAGCGACCAUCUAGCUCUCCACAUGAAGAGACACGUGUAAUCAAUCGUCUCCGCGAGCGGUCCCAGCCGCGCGUCGCACUCCGCGGUUGGGACCGUUGAGAUCUCUUCCUCGUAAAGAUCGCGGAGGUCUUCGACAUUUUGCAUUGCGAAAUUCACGCGAUCCUAGCAUUUUUCGAGGUCACCUAGUAGUAUGCUGCAAGUAGUAGGGCGGUCGAUUAUCGUACGCCCCAGGCUUGAUGAACAAACAUCAAGAGAGGGAUCUACGAAAGUAGCUGUAUUAGGUAUUCGAGAUUUCGUCAGACUUCGUCACUGACGCGAAAACCCAUUUCGAGGGUUCACUUGAGGAGAUCGAUGAUCAGCGAGACGCCGUUUGGAGACAAUCGAGUUUAUGUUUAAAACGAUCCACGGGAAUGAUUCGAAAGAAAGCUUGACGAGUAAUCAGAUGGUGUGUUGUAGAGAGGAGUUGCACUUCGUUAGAGUCCAAAGACGUCACAUGUAUAAUAACAUGCAUUUCCUCGAAGUGCCCUGUGACGUGUAAGAUCAGAAGGGAAGAAAAAGGUGAUCAACGACACUUGUCUUUAAUCCCAAAGGGGGAUCGCACGGAACAAAUCUUUGACCCCGCUAAUUCGUGCGAAUUUAAGAAGACGGAAACGUCGACGGUCAGCAAAGAUCCGGAAGAGAGAUUGCGGCCACUGUAGUAAGGAAGGGGGCCUCCGGGGAAAGUGCCGAACAAAGAAGUCGCCUGGGAAGUCUCGCACGAGAGACGUCAAUCACUGCCAAUUCGUUACAUUUUAAGAUCAGCGCUACCGUCGAAGAUUUCAAGCUGCGACUUCAACAACCGGAGGUCUUUGAGAAGCGAGAAGCUGACUGUGUAAGGAAAGCCUAAAGUUAAUCGCCGACCGUCAAUGGCGCGCGGCACAUGCGGAUGCUCAUUCAUCGAUAAAUGAAGGAAAUUGUAAUGUUAAAUAAAACAAAAAGAGAUACGUUCCUACUUUAUACGUACGUAUAUACAAACAAACCGUUUGUCUUUAUCGUCGUGAUUGUCGGGUAUUGCGAGCGCCGUCGCGCGUGCACUAAAAACGUAGAGAAAAACGUAGAUUUUCGCGAGGACAAUAAUACAAACUUGCUCGGUGCCAAACGUUAUUUUCUUUCUCCUGCUUUUCCUUUCGGGAACUCCGCGGAGACGUUCGCGGCUAAAAAAAAAAGAAAUAACGCACGCGGCACUCGCGAUAUCGCCGGCGAUCUCUGUCUCUUUCUCUCUCGUAGGAACGUAUCGAAAUCGCAUUCUCACGCAGCGGAGAAUCGGGGCGGGCGCGACGCGUGGUAAUUGAAUACGUGAUUUCGACCAGUUUCGACGGCAACGAAGAUUCGCUGUGCCGGGUGCUAAUCCUGAAUUUACAAUGCGAAUUACAGCGCGGCUCGCCGCCGAUUCCGCCGCCGCGCUAACCGUACCUAACCGGAGCCCGCUCGAAAAGAGAAGCUUAAACGCGACUGUUUCGCUUUGCUACUUACAGCUACUGAUUUUUACUGAAAUGCCGACGCACUCCAGCUUUCAGGUAAUCCACUCGGUCGUCAUUGUUGACGCAGCGCUUUUCUAUUCUUACGAAAACCAAAAAAAAAAAAGAGAAAUCUAAUCUCGAAACUUUGCAUGCUUGUGAGAAAUGUAAAGGGGCUUUUUCUCUCGUGAUCUUUUCCGACUGUAGGCAUCGUACGGAACAUGCGCGCGGUAAGGGGAUCGCUCGACGAAACGAUCAUCAUGAAAAACUCAACAGAAUACAAAUGAUAAAUAUAUAUAUAUAUUUUUUAAUAUUCUCGUCAUACUCAUUGAAACAAUGUAGAUAAGCAAGUAUAUUACGGGCUGUAUAAUCCGCAUAAGACUUUCGUACGCUUUUCACGCAGCCGAAUAUUUCGCGAACGAUUCCCUGCCUCGUGCGUGAUUUACAGUCGAGCUGUAUCCGCGCGAGCGCGUUGAUCUACAACGAUCUACAAUCAUCAAUGGGAGAUUGCUCGUCUCGCUCGUCAUCGAUCUGAAAAAUUCUAAUAUUCAAGAUAUCGCGUGCAACGGAAUAAUCAAGUAUCCCGGCGACAAUGUCGAAAAGACAAGAAGAAGAAAAAAAGUACGAAAUAAAUCGAAAUCGUUGCGGCGCGUAUUCAUCAAAAGCGAGGAAAAGAGGAAACUUCAAGAAGACUAAUCUUACCUGACCGUAAGAUGCGAAAUAACCAAGGAGAGGAGAAAUAUAAAAAGAUAACUAAAUUUUAAAUGUUCAGUGGCCAAAUUAAUUAAUUGAUACGCACGUAGAAUCUAAAGAUAUACCGUACCUACUGAUUAAGCCCGACUGACUAAAGGUCGGCACGGUUUGUACGCUUGCAUGUGCAUGCGAGUGCGGCUGUGUUAUGUCUAUGCGUGGGUCGUCGAUGCGUGCGUGUAUUUACGUGUGAGUGUGUGCGUGCGUGUAAGUGUGUGUAUUUUUUUCCACGGGUAUUCCAACUUUGAAAGGUGGAGAAUUGAAGGGAGGAAAAGAUAAGUCGAACACUAAGUUUGUAUAUUGUGCAAUUUUUUCAAUAUUUCAUUAUUUGUUUUACCAUGUUCACGAUUAAUUAUAAAUAAAUAAAUAUAUAUAUAUAUAUAUGUAGCAUUUACAAUUUUAAGAUAUAACGGCCAUGAAGCCAGACGUCUUUUUGAUAGCCAUAUUCGAAUACUGUGGUCGUCGUCGCGUUCGCGACAUUCCCCCCUCCUCAUCCCCGAUCUUUUUUUCCGACGGGCGAGAUGUAAUUAAAAGUACGCGGUAGUACAAGGGAAAAGAAAUGGGCGCGCGCGCGAAAGAUGCAAAGUCUCGUCUCUGACCUCGACGACCUCUCGUUAAAUUCCAUGCCGACCGCUGGAACGAAAGUAACUGAAGAUAAUGGUUCUUGUUAGAGCCAGAGUCCACGCAUGUAUAAUUUGCUCCUCAGGCUCGUGUGUCUCUACGCUGGGUCCGUUUACCCUGGGUAUUUAGACUUAGUGUUGAAGAAAAAGUAACGAGCCGAUAUCGCAAAGGGGAGGACUUUUCCCGGCGAAAGGUCUUUGUCGUGCGUUUCCGGCAUUUCCAAUCGAGGCGACCAACGAGUUCUGUAGAUAUAUAUCGCUAAACAAACGAGAUCAGAGAUAGAGGCACAAGCAAUUAAGUAACGGCGAGAGAAAAACUCGGAUACUUUGAAUAAAAGAGUUGAUAGACGUUUAGAUAGAUGGAUAGCUAAAUCGUUAGAUAGGCACUUAGAUAGACAGAUGAAUAUUAUAGAUCGACGAAUGGAUAGAGCGUAUGCGCCCAAGAGUGUUUGAGAACAGAUAUAGAGAGUAUUAUAUAUAUAAAUAUAUACAUAUAUAUAUAUAUAUAUAUAUAUAUAUAUAUAUAUAUAUAUAAAUGUAGGUAGAGAAAUCGUUAUACAUAGGUAGAGAUGUAAGUAUUUAAGAAAACUCUAAAGAACUUUAGGAGAAGCAGUAUCGUUGUGUACGAGAUACGAUAAGUGAACAUAAAUGUUUUAUGAUACUCGCGUACAAGAGAAACAAGAUGAAUACUGAGGAAUAAAAAAAAUAAAAGCAUACAUAAAAUUAAGUGGUAAUAAAAAAUUGAAAAACAGUACGAUUAUAAUUGUAUUAUCGUGGUCUAAGGUAUUUUCAGUCAUGUUGUAUAGUAAUUGUAAAUUACACGAUUUUAAAGAAAAAAUGCGUGUGUGUUUAUGUGCGUGUGUAUAUAUGUGUGUGUGUGCGAAAGUGAGAGAAUGGGAGAGGAUGACAGGAAGGGCAAACAUAAGAAGUGCGGUGCGGCUCGUACUAGAUCAUCUUUGCAAAAAAAAACGAAUUAAAUUUAAAAAACGAAUGAAUUUUAUCAAAUGUCGCGAAAUUUGUAUAAACAUUCUUUCCCCUCCCCCAACAAAUUUCGAGACAAACUUAAACGAGUAGCAAAUGACACGCAAAUUGACAGAGAGAUGUAAAAAGUUCCCUUUUAAUAAUGUUAAUAACAAAUGCUCGCGAUAACAGGGCACUGACGAAACGCAAUGCUAGAUAGCUGUAAUCAUGUAAAUUUCAAAGCUUACCCCGAAUAUACGAGUCAAAGAAAUUUAACGUGUUACUAUUUAUGAAGUUAUAAAAAAAAAGAAUUAAUGACUUGUCACAAUUCAGGAUGUCUAUAACACUUUUAUUUAUCAAUAUUUUACUGUAAUUUUAUACGUUAUUUUCUUUUACUUAAAUAUUAUUCUAUCUUUUAUGAAUUUUCUUUGACUAAUAUUGUCGUAGUUUUUCUGCACAAGAAAUAUUUUAUUUAGAAAUAAUAUUUAUUUUUUAUAACAUUUUUAUAUCGAAAGCUAGUGUGUCAAAGUCCAAUUCGAAUUAUUGAUUUUGUUUUACAUGUGCAUUGCAAACGUCACGUAUUGUUAAAUGCACAUUCAAAAUACUACACCGAUAAUCGAACUGAUAGAACUAAUAUUAUUUUUAGGGAAUUUUCUCGUUAGAACAAAGUUAAAUAGAAAUAAUGAAAAAAAAUUACACUAUUAAUGAUAUACAAGGAUUUUAUGACAAAACUUAAAAAGAAACAAGAACGAAAAGAAGACUGAGAGAGAGAGGGAGAGAGAAAAUAGGAAAGGAAAAGUUUUUAAAUUAAAAAGUGAAAAAAGAGAGAAAGGAAAUUAUUAUGAAUACAGAAGCAUCGGUGGCAAUGUGCGAAUGAACAAGAGUGAAAGUGCAUAAAUAAGAGGUAAGAAAGAAAGAGAAUGAAAGAGAAAGAGAAAGAAAGAUAAGAUGCGUGAGAACGAAAGAGUAAUGAGAAAAAAUAAAGACGAUGUAACUUAUAUUUUUAAAAAGUGACCUUUGGCAUAUUUAAAGACUUGUAAAAAUCGUGCAACGAGUUAAAUAAACAAAAUCAAGGGCGCAGUGUAUUAAGAGGCGUCCGUCCUUUUCCGUGUCUCUUUUCAUGUACAUGAUGCACUUAUACACAUAUAUUAAUACAUACACAUACACACAUCUACACAUAGACACCACCCAACGCACUCGUUGAGAUACUCGGUAGCAGGUGCGAUUUACAAUUCUGAGACAUUUUCUAAAUUGCGGUACAUACCUACAUUUCUAGCCGUCAAGCGCACGUAUACAGGUACACAGGCAUACGAUAGACAAGACAAAGCCCGAAAUUAAGAAAGAGUCCGAAUAUAUGCCCGUGUGUUGUAAUCUCAAUAAGAAACGGAAGAAAGGGCAAGUAAGAACUAGCAAGAAAAAUUCAUUGAGUGGGAAAAGUCAAGUACGCGUAUAUAAACGCAUUUUCCUCAGAAAGCAAAACGAUACAUCUCACAAAACACAAGUAAUCAGUAGACGCAUAUAUUUAUAGGCAGACGAUAAUCUCGGGGCCUAAAAGGAAUGACGAUUUCGAUCAGCGCUCGAUUCUCGAGCCUCGCUCGUAUAAUCUUCCCCGAUUUACUGCAAAUCGAGUCUUCCCGGUUUCGAAUCGAAUUUUCCUGACGUUUACGCGAUAUAUCAAAAGAAAAAAAAAAGAGAGAACAGUCCCUUUGACUUUUUGACACGGCUAUUAACGGAUACGUGCGUUCCGUCGGGGAUGAAACUUUUCUUGCGACGAGGUGUCGAGCAUCGAAGAGGAAAAUACGAAAAAGAAAAAAGAACGGAAAGAAAACGAGCCAACAAAACAGUCACCGCACAGUCACUAAUGUCAUCCAACAACACAAUUCAUGAUAGGGAAUAGUAUUUUUAGGAUUUUAUACAGGCAUGCGACGGCAUUUCUAUGUUUUAGCCGGGAUUUACUGUCGAUGAUUAUUGACAUUUCUUCGUAUAUGUAACGUAAGACGAGUGCGUGCGCACGUAACACAUGUAACGAGAGACAGUGUGAACGGAAAAAGUACGCAAGAUGAUUCUUCUGAGGGAAUGCCAGACGCAGUGAGAAAGAGAAGGAAAGGGAGAGAGGGAGAAAGAGAAAAAUGCGGGGGCAAGUGGGUCGGCAAAAAUCAUUUUUCCAGAAUUCUAUAUCUCGUUGCGUAUACAUUUCUACUUAUAUAACUGCGCGUAUUAACAUAUUAUGACAAUGUGAUUUAUUAUGUGUGAUUUUGACCGAGGAGAGAUAUGGGAAAAUCUUUAAGGGAAUAUUUUAUAUUACAAAGUAAAAUGAAGAAAGGAAAGAUGCGUGCGAGAAAAAGAGAGAGGAAGUGCAAAAGAGAGGAGCGAGUGCAAUACGAUAGUUAAUAUUCUUGUAUAGUCACAGCUUUUUUGCCGUUGAACUUGUGUAAUUGUAAGGAAGAGCGCGCUUGCAUAGCUGUCGUUUCUUUCUCUCGGCGUCAUUUCUUCUUCUUUUUCUUCUUUUCCUUUUUGCUCUUCUCAUUUUCCUCCUCUUAUAUUAUCAUGGUCGCUAUGUUUCCGAUGUUUUCGCCAAGAUGGACGAUGAUCGCCCGCAGACAUUAUGCUCCCUUUUCUAUCGGUAUAAAGGAAAUAUGACAACGAAACGGAGAACCAUUAGGCUAAUAAGCUGUUAAAAAUUCCUAUAUUCAUGUACAUUCGAUGUCGGUAAAUGAUCAGUUUUCUUUUUUUGUAACGCGCGAUGUUGCACUCUUUGCUCUAUGCAAACCAUCGUCAUCUUCGAAAGGUCGGCAGCCUAUUGAUCAUCUUAUUGAAAACAAGCACGGUGUACCGCGUUGCAUAAAGCAUUUCCUCGGUGGCUGUCCGUCGAAACCUGACGCGGGAAACUUUCCGACCGCUUUCCACACACUCCUCUCUCUCUCUCGGAAAAUAUCUCGUACCCCCGCAUUACACGGCGCCGCGUAAACACGCUUCGUGCCACGAGUCGUUCGUAUCGAUUGCAUCGCGUGAGAGACGGGCGUAAAAAAAAAAAUACACCGCGGCACACACGCGCGUACGAAACACGCUUCAGCACGCGCGGGAGCUCGUGUCCUGUCUACCAAAAACCCUAUUCAUCGGGGAUGUGAUUGUGUACAUGGUUUUUAAAUCUAGUAAUUUUUAAGCGAGACCCCCUCGUGCGAGCGUAGAACGUUAUCAACGACGGAGAAUAAUCGAUAAUCACGCGCGAGACACCGUCGAGAAGAAGAAACGAGUACGAACGCGAAAUGUAUACGAUUCUAGGAACCUGACUUGUCCUUGACGACAAAAUACAGAGAUUACGUAUUAAAACAAAAAAACAAAAAAAAAAGAUUGAAAAUAAGAAAACAAGAGAACCGUAAGAAAAAGGCAUCUUCAUCGAAAGUUGAGACUAAUCACCUAUACCGCGAGAGUCUCCCAGAAGUCGAGACGCGCUGGUUUAUUCCGAAGACUCGACGUUUUGUACAAGGUGUAGCGAGCUCGUGUAACGAGCGCAGUAGGUGAUCACAUGUGAUAUUUGUAUCGGCUAUUAUAUAUAAAUAUAUACAUAUAUAUAUGUAAAUGUACAUUAUAUAUAUUAGAGAGUAUUCCGUUAGGAUUAUGACUGGUAGUUAGAAAAA